UACUACUUGCAUCUCAACUCCUCCCAAGUCUUCACAUCGCAUCGCCCAACUCGACUCCCUCUCUCUUUCUCUCUCUCUCUCUCUGACAGGUGGGCCACCGUCUCCUCCGACUUCUCGCCGUCGCUUGCUCGCCGCCGGUGGUGGUGGUGGUGGGGCGACGGGGGGAGGGAGGGAGAGAGAGAGGCUGGGGGCGGGGGGCUCGUGGCGCCGCUCCGCUGGGAGGGACGGCCGGCCGGCGCCACGGGUGCAUGUCGACGGCCGCCCGCGUCAGCCGCGCGCGGUAGGUAGAUGAAAUUGAGGAACACAGCAAUAACACGGGCAAAUUCAGCUUGUCUUCCCAUGGGGGACUCUGUUGGUAUCAAGUACAGCAGUGUCAAUGAGGGCGAAGAGCAUAAGGGAGGUCAUGGCAUCCGAAAGGUUUCCAUUGUCCCCCUCAUUUUCCUCAUAUUCUAUGAAGUUUCUGGGGGUCCCUUUGGGAUUGAGGAUAGUGUCAAGGCUGCCGGUCCACUCCUAGCGAUUGUCGGAUUUCUGCUGUUUGCACUCAUAUGGAGUGUUCCAGAAGCUCUGAUUACUGCUGAGAUGGGAACUAUGUUUCCUGAGAAUGGUGGUUACGUUGUCUGGGUCUCUUCAGCUCUUGGACCGUUCUGGGGUUUUCAGCAAGGCUGGGCGAAGUGGCUGAGCGGUGUUAUAGAUAAUGCUCUCUAUCCAGUCCUCUUCCUCGACUAUCUCAAGUCCAGUGUUCCAGUUCUUGGAGGUGGUCUCCCAAGGACCUUGGCAGUGCUUAUCCUUACAGUUGCACUUACUUACAUGAACUACAGAGGCUUGACAAUAGUUGGCUGGGUGGCAGUCUUUCUUGGUGUGUUCUCUCUCCUCCCAUUUUUCGUUAUGGGAUUAAUAGCUAUUCCCCGAAUCGAACCCUCAAGAUGGCUUGAAAUGGACUUGGGGAAUGUGAAUUGGGGUUUGUAUCUAAACACACUUUUUUGGAACCUCAACUAUUGGGAUUCAAUCAGUACCUUGGCUGGAGAGGUCGAGAAUCCAAAGCGAACACUGCCAAGGGCACUGUCGUAUGCUCUAGUUUUAGUGGUGGGGGGAUACCUCUACCCUUUGAUCGCCUGUACAGCUGCAGUACCUGUCGAUCGGGAGUUGUGGUCAGACGGGUAUUUCUCAGAUGUCGCGAGAAUUCUCGGUGGUUUCUGGCUGCACUCAUGGAUUCAAGCAGCUGCUGCACUGUCGAACAUGGGCAAUUUUGUUACUGAAAUGAGCAGUGAUUCUUACCAGCUUCUCGGGAUGGCCGAGCGGGGAAUGCUACCAGAAUUUUUCGCCAAGAGAUCUCGCUAUGGAACUCCACUGAUUGGCAUCCUGUUCUCUGCGUUUGGCGUGGUCCUGCUGUCCUGGAUGAGCUUCCAGGAGAUCAUCGCUGCUGAGAACUACCUCUACUGCUUCGGUAUGAUCCUGGAAUUCAUCGCCUUCAUCAAGCUGAGGGUGGUCCACCCGAACGCCUCCCGACCUUACAAGAUCCCGCUGGGCACCAUCGGCGCUGUCCUGAUGAUCAUCCCACCUACCAUCCUGAUCGUCGUGGUGAUGAUGCUCGCCUCCUUCAAGGUGAUGGUGGUCAGCAUCCUAGCAAUGCUGGUCGGGUUUGCGCUGCAGCCGGGGCUGGUGUACGUGGAGAAGAGGCGGUGGUUGAAGUUCUCCAUCAGCGCGGAGCUCCCAGAUUUGCCGGAUUCAAUCGCCGAGGAAGAUAGCACAACGCCGCUUGUGUUCUGACCUGCAUAUGCAUGGAAAUAGAGAUUAGUAGAUUCCCCAACCAUUGCCAUGCUAGGCAGAAUGAAAUUGAAUUCUCGGUUUGUUUCUCCUCGUGGGCUCCCAAAGAUCUUCAUUUAAUUAGACAAAAAGAGAGUUGUCAUCAUGCUAUUUGUAUACCAUGUUGGCAUCGGGGAGGAUUGUAAACCCAGGUCAGUUCGAGGAAUACUUUAGCUAUUGCCAAUAGUAUUAUUCGUAUCAUGAUAUCUAUGCUGCUGAUUUAUAGCAUGAUACGUGUGCUGCUGAUUUAGUUAUUGACACAUGCUAGUAUGGUACAAUAUCAUGACGGUACAGGGAAAGGAGCUUGGGAAGAGUUCACGUUAGUUAACGGAAGGUUACUAAUGCUGUCACAGCUAGAAUAACCAACCAU